CGAGAUGUGUUUCGCGUUUCAUCUGUCCUCUCGCUUUGCCUUAAACGGAGCGGCGGGAACGAAAUAUUGCGAUAUCCGUUGAAAUCGCGGAGACGCGCGCGACUCGAUCGCAGGAGGAAAUCAGAUUAGAUCUCUUCGUCUCUCCCGCGUGUUUUCCAAGUGAACGCGCGCUGAUAACGUUAAAAUUGGAUAUUGAACGAGCCUGACUCUCUUCGAAUAAAUUAUUUUUUCCAGGAUUUUGAAUGCGAUAUUAAGAAGAAAGUUAAAUGUGAUCAGUGUAAUUAUUAUUAGAAAAUUAGAGAAUUACACUACGCAUACGAUUAUUCUUCUGUCGAAGCGUGAAGGAACAGCGAUGUUGUGAAAAAUUAGAGAAACAUUCCACAUUCCCGCGAAUGCGACAGCAUCCGCGGACCACGUGAUCCUCGAGCUAUUGAUUACCGCGUCUCAAGAGGUGAAGAGAGCUCAGAGCGAUGCACCUGCGACGAGAGGAUGAAACAUAAUCCGUGUUUAGACGCGCAGCUAAUUGCACUUGCAGAAACGCGCGAUACACUCGAGGUCGGAAGGAGGGAGAAGAGCACAUCGUAUCAAGGAUACUCGUGGGUCGCGACGUCGGCGACGACGGCGGCGGCGGCGGCGGUGGCGGCGGCGGCGGCUGAAAUGCCAGAGGGACAUUUUGAAAAUCUUUGGUUCGACGCAUGCGUCCGGGUGCACUCGUCGUCCGAUGGAGCGCGAUGGAGCCGUCGCCUCUAAGCCGCUGCUGCUAGAAGAAGCGGUCUGUCGUAUUGCGCCGAAGAGGAAGCUACGCGUCUCCGACGACGCCGGGCGUCGCAAAUCCGCGAGUCGAUCGCUAAUCGCGUCGAUCAAACAAUCGUGAUAAUCGGUGCGUCCUUCGCCGUGCAUCGUUGGUGAUUCUCUUACGUGACGAACAAUCGUCUGCUCUCGUUCCGAUACGAUCGAUAGCGAGAGAGGAUCUUUCCGGAGGGAGAAGCGCCACCCGCUGGAGUGUUCGCCGAGGUGUCCGAGUCGCCGAGUGCGAAGAAUCUUCAAUGCGCGUUUCAUGCGUCUCGCGCCGUGACCGGUGGUGGCGGACGAUCCCCGAGCGAGUGUAUGUUCCAUGAGACUGAAUUGGCGACGCGGCGAGAGAUGCCGGGCGAAAACCAGCUGGCGAGAGGCGGCGGAGGAAGCGCUCCGGGUGGACGCAGGGAAUCCUCCUCGAGGGGUGGCGGCGGCGAGCCGGAUUCUCGCAACCGAGGACCGACCGCGACGAUGAUCCCGCUUCCGCGCACCGGUCAGUUCGCGUCCGCCUCGCAGAACCAGAAGAUCGCCAAGACGGAGAAAAAUCGGCUGAGAUUGAUCUUGGAGAGCCGCGGCACCGCGGCAGCCGACGUCGCCGACAAGGAGCGGAAGAUCGGCGUGCAGCAGGAGGAGGAAAUGCCGCAGGAUAAUUGGCGAGUGUCGGCUGCCAACUGCUCGAGCGUCGCGCGUACUUGCGAGGAAUCACGCGAUUUGCAUCGGAACGAAAAGGAGAACGCGGAAACCCGCCGAGACAGAUCGCGCGCGACGGAAGGCCGCGUGCCGUGCGGCAUAGCGGCGGCGGCGGCGGCGGCGAGCGUCGGGGUGGAAGGCGUCGCCGGCGUGUGGGGCGGACAGAGACGGCAGGCGUCGCCGCCGCCCCUGACAUCGCGCAGGCUGGAAUCGGCCGCUGACGCCGCAACAGCAGCAGCAGCAGCACCAACAGCAGCAGCAGCAUCGUUCAACCCCGUUGUCGCCGCCGCUACGCAGAGAUGCGCCGCUGCGAAAGGCGCCGUCGUCGAUGCCGGCGCGCCGAGGCCGUCGCGAAUCUAUUGGGGCGCUCCUCUCGUCGCUGAGACCAGCAAGGAGGAUGCCAUGGAGCCGGAAGCCAAGGAAGAGGAUGAGCGACGCUCGUCGACGCCGAGUCCCGAGUUCUAUGUGCGAAGGAGCAAACGUUACAACGAGGAUGGCAGUAGUGAGGAGGACGCUAAGCAGGACAGCAGCUCGCUGCCUAGCCACAGGCUGCCGUCUUCGUACCGCGGAACGUGGCCCAUCAGAAGAGACGUAUGGGCUAAUCAGCAGAUUGGCUUUCCGGCCCAGCAGAGCACAUCGCUCGCUGCACACAAUGAUGUGGCCAGCGUGAUGAGUUUCUCGUCGUCGAACUCGGCGGGUCUCGAGGCCGGCAGCUCCACGGAGCUGCCGGGUCAUCGGCGGCUGGGUGCCAAGGUGGACGUGGUGUACAAUCUGCUGGGUAUGCUGGAGAAGAACGGGCGGGACGACAUGAGCACGACGCUGCUCUCGAUGAGCACGUCUAUCGACAGCUGCCUGGUGAUGAGGCAGUCCGGGUGUCUGCCGUUGCUGGUGCAACUGAUUCACGCGCCCGGCCAGGAUCCGGACACCCGCGACAGAGCUAUGCAGGCGCUGCACAACGUGGUGCACGCUAAAAGCGACGAGAGGGCGGGCCGCCGGGAGGCGCGGGUGCUCCGGUUUCUCGAACAACUGCGCGACUAUUGCCAGACUCUGAGGAUAUCGCUGGAGAGAGGUCAGCCGGCGGACGAUCUGGAGCGAGGACACCCGGCGGCGCCGAUAGCCGCGCUGAUGAAGCUCUCCUUCGACGAGGCGCACCGUCACGCCAUGUGCCAGCUGGGCGGCCUCCACGCGGUCGCCGAGCUCAUCGAGAUGGAUCACCUGGCGCACGGCAGCGAGAGCGACGAUCAGAACUGCAUCACGUUGCGCAGAUACGCGGGAAUGGCGCUGACGAAUCUCACGUUCGGCGACGGCAACAAUAAAGCGCUGCUCUGCUCCUUCAAGGAGUUCAUGAAGGCUCUAGUUUCGCAGCUCAGGAGCCCCAGCGACGAUCUCAGGCAAGUGACGGCGAGUGUCUUGAGAAACUUGUCCUGGCGCGCCGACAGCAGCAGCAAGCAGACGCUGAGGGAAGUCGGAGCGGUGACGGGAUUGAUGAGGGCCGCGAUGGAGGGCCGCAAGGAGUCCACCCUUAAAUCCAUACUGUCCGCCCUGUGGAAUCUGUCGGCGCACUGCAGCACGAACAAAGUGGACAUCUGCGCCGUGGACGGCGCGCUCGCCUUCCUCGUGGACAUGCUGAGCUACAAGGCGCCGUCCAAGACACUCGCGAUCAUCGAGAACGCCGGCGGCAUCCUGAGGAACGUAUCGAGUCACGUGGCGGUGCGAGAGGAUUACAGAGCCAUCGUGAGGGAGAGGGGCUGCCUGCAGGUUCUCCUGCAGCAACUACGAUCGCCCAGUCUGACGGUCGUCAGCAACGCCUGCGGGGCGCUGUGGAAUCUGUCCGCGCGGUGUCCUCAGGAUCAGCGGCUUCUCUGGGACUUGGGCGCCGUGCCGAUGCUGCGCAGUCUCGUGCACUCGAAGCACAAGAUGAUCUCGAUGGGCUCGAGCGCGGCCCUGAAGAACCUGCUGAGCGCCCGACCUGGAUGCAACAAUCUCGUCCAUCUGGAUUCUACCGCGCGCGGACUCGGACUGUCAACGCUGCCGAGUCUGGCCGCGCGCCGGCAGCGCGCUCUCGAACAAGAAAUCGACCAGAACCUGGCCGAGACGUGCGACAACAUCGAGCCGAGCACGUCGCCGAUCAAUAAGGACGACAAAUUCACGUUCAAGCUGGACCACAGCUUCCUCGGCAUCAACGCGCAUAGUCUGCGUGCUUAUCAGCUGCACAGCCAGCCCGGCACGUCGACCGCCAAGAGCAACGGAGUCGCCCGCAGCGAGAGCAGAGACUCCAUGCGUUCCAUCACCAGCACGCACUCCGACACUAUGUUCGAGCGAGUGAAUCGUCACGUUCUGAACGGCGUGUCGCCUACGGACUCGCAGAUCAAGCAGCAAUCCUCGUCGUUGCAUUCCGCAGUCGGAUUCGACAAUGGCGCGUGUAGCAGCGACGGUCACGCGAGGGCCACCUCUUCCGAGCGGAAGUACACUCUACGUUACAAGAACUCCAUACCGGAACGACUGAAGCCGUCCGACGUCGGUUUCGACGUGAACGAGCUCAAGUGCACAAACUCCACCAUAUCGUGGGCCGCGGUGCCCAAUCAAGAGCCCUCUCAGAUCUCCUUGCACUCUUCCAUCGAGAAUAAUGCGUCUUUGAUCGACCAGAGCGUGUCGUUCUCGUCCAAAGCGGGCAGUCAAUCCAGCGUCUCCGAGGAGAUUGAGGCGACCGUUUGCGCCAAGUCGGAUUAUCGACGAGCAACCGCGAACCUGGACGGCUCGAAGCAGGCCUCCUAUCUGCCCGACGUAAAGGAAGGCACGGGCUUCGUGUACGCGGAGAAGGCUCUGCUGCGUCAACACGACGCGCUGAACAGCAUUCAAAAAGCGAUCUCGCCCACGAUCAGCCGCGGCCCGGACGGCAAUCUGUUCGGCGACUACGCCGAGACGGAUCUGGAUCAACCGACCGAUUACAGUCUGCGCUACGGCGAGCAGACGAUAGACGACGAGAAGCAACACUCCGGCUUCUUCCCGGGCAACGAUCAAGGACUCCUGCACGAGGACACGGUCAAGACUUACUACACGGAGGGAACACCGCGCACGACGUCCCUAAACUCGUCCAGAGCCACCUCCGCGUCCGAUUUGCAGGACGACAGCCGUAUAAGGAGCUCAUCGAGGAAGCAGCUGUCGGAACAAUACAAGGCUGGGCACGUGGAGGAUCGCGGUGAAUGCAAAGCGUCGUCCUUGACAGACGUGCCAAAAUUGAACGACUUCACCGAAUCGGAAGCGGAGCUGAAUUUACGAGGCGUGACGCAUCUGACGGACGACGAAAGCGCAAAUCAUUCGCUGCCGUACCUUGAGGAGGAUUUAGGCAAACCGCUCAAGAGCAUUGAAGAAGACACAAUCAUCCAGAACUUUUCAAGCGUCAGGACGACACCAAUUUCGAUGGUAUUAGGGAGUUCUGAAUAUAAUGAUGAUCACGAUGGAGAGUCCAGUUCCAGGAUUAUCAAUUUAGACUCGAAAUCAAGUAUCGGCAAAGCAAAUAAAGAUUUACCGUCGAGUGACGUGGAAUUCUCGUCUGGCAGUAGCGGUUUGAAAACUUCCAAUAACGAUUCAGGAUAUCAAGUUAGCGACGGAGAUGAGGAUGACGAAGAUCUGCUUGCUGCUUGUAUUAAUAUUGGAAUGCAAAAUAAUAGGCACAGACAUUCCUUCAUAGGAAAUAAUCUUGAGAAGCUUCCUCGAUCAGAUAGUAACUUGACUCGAUAUCAAACUAGUCUAGCCUUAAAUCAAGUCGAUCAAAAUGGAACUGAGUCGAAUAACUCGUCGUUUAAUAUGAAAUAUGCGGCAUCUCGUGGAGGAGCGACGGCUGAAAAUGUUUUAUCAGAAAAGAAUAAAGAGGGCAGGAAGGAUAAUGAAAAACAGAACAAUCUGAAAACAGCCACGGUGACAAAUACAAAUGACGAAUAUACGCGUAAUAUUACGGAGUUAAAUGACGCUUCCGCCACAACAGCAAUGAAUGAUGAUAGCAAUAAUUUCUCAGAAAAGGUGAUACCUGUUUUACAGAGACCUGACGUCUCCAAUGAAUUAAUUAUAAAUGACGGCACGGAUAAAAAGGACUCACGACCGGACGAAGCGACAAUCGACGAUCAGAUCGCAGAUAUUCCGAUGAAGCAAUCGUUCACGAAGGAUUCCGAAAGCAGCGAAUCAAUUGACUCUGUCGAGCAGUCCGAACACGCUCUCCUGGAAUUGUGCAUUCAACCCGGCAUAAAAUCCGAAGGCAACAUCGCCAUAAACCAGAGCAAUGCGGAUUACGUUAAAUCGCAGCUGGAAUUAUACAACAAACAAAUACACUUCAUAAAAGGAAGAAGCAACAUUUCGGAAGAAAUAUCCGAGCUUGAUGGCAACGUGAACGGGAAACCGGAAGCUGCAUUCGACAUCGUGAGGACUACGGACGUUCUACAUCGCGAGAGCGCGGAGAAGCACACGAAGGAGGAGACGUACAGAAGGCAGAGAGAUCCCGACGCUAUGAUCGCAUCGCUGGAUCGAUUAACGGCUACGCUGGUGCAACAAACCGAGGCGAUGCGCGAGCGAGACUCCGGCGCGAUGAAGCAGAGUUUGACGUGCGACACGUGGAACGAGGAUUCGCCCAACGACGUUUCCUUCCCCAGCAUCAGCAUCAGCGCGCCGCUGGUCGCUUCCUUCAACAGCGACGCGCAGGAGGAUCAGUGCCAUACGCAGGAUAAUAACGUGCAGCCCGAGAACAACGAGCAGACCAAUAUGACGGAAUCGAGGAUCAUUCAGCGCGAGGCCAUCAAGCUGGCGGAAGCGGUGGACGCCGAAACCAACAAUCAGAACGAGCUCGAGACGACGAGUCUGACGUCCAUCGAUCUCGAAGCGAUUAAACCACCAUCUUCGAUGGGCAGCCUGCUGUCGCUGACCGCGAGUUACGCCGGCUCGGUCGACAACAGCGAGGCAUUCGUCAACCGCGACAGAUGUUAUUCCACGUCGCUGCCACCGGUGCCCGCGAAAAAUUCCACUGAUCCUCGCAACGUGCGGAAGAAGUCCCUGCCAAUCGGCAUGGUGGCGAAACGGGCGCUAGGCCACGGCAAUCAGAGUCACACGACCAGUCUGGAGAACCUGCUGAACGAGUGCGCCAGCUCGCAUCUCGAAAAUGUGAAGCCGCCGUCGAUGAUGGACGAGCUGCCGGACGUGGGUGAUAUGGAGAACAGCAUGCUGAGCGUAGCCAGUAUCACAUCGGAAAUCGCGGACGCGAAGGACCAGGACUCGCACAGCCUAACUGGCAGCGACCCGGUGGUGUUUGAGAUGCUGAAGCCGGUCGCCAAUGUGCUGUCUAUGACGUGCAUGCGCUACGCCGAGGGCAGCGCGAACAACAGCUUGAGCGAGUGCCUGGAGAACAUCAAUCCGCCAUCUUUGUUCAAUGAGGUGACCGAGAUGGACGAGUCGACGAUGGAGGCGAAUACGGACACUCUGUGCAGCGACACGCUGUGCAUCGAGACGGAGCUGCACACCGACGUCCAUUCCAUCGUGGCGGAAGUGAUCGACGAAGCGGAAAACGACACUGACGAGGCGGCUACGCCGAUCUCGUCCGAGUACUGCGUCAGCAGUUCGGCGGAGUCGACGCCGAAGAGGCGGCCGCACCUGAUGAGCCAUCUGACCCCGAAGCAAAAGCGGCACUUGACAAAAGAGAGAUACAAGACGUACACCAUCGCCGCGGAAAUCGUUAAGAAGGAGGAAGAGGAACGCCGCAAGCAGGACGGUGCUAACAACGGCGAGGGCGAUAAGAUUCCACGCUCUUCCUUUACGAGGCUGACGCCGAAGCAGCGCAGGCAAGAAAAUCGAGCGAGAUUCCAGACGCAGGUGCUGCAAAAUCCCUUCCCAGACUUGAACGCGGCUAAAGCUAAGGCGGAAGUGGAGCAAAUUCCGGCUGGGAACGUCGAGAAGCAGGAACUCGCGUCUCCCAUCAAAUCCUCGAUCCCGACGCUGACGAAAUUGCCCGUGUGCAAGGCGUUGAGGAGGAAACGCGGCGAUUCCCAGGAGAGCAAAGAAAGAUAUCGCACGAGAACGUUGAACGACUCGGAGGCUGUCUUUAAGGAGAACGAGCACGGCGCGAGCGCGACAGAAGAAGGACAAGCGCAAGGAUACGCGCGGGGGGAAAUUCAAAGCUUGUUGGAACAAAACGCCACAAUCGUAUUGAAGAAUUUAAAAGAAUCGAACAAAUCUACGAACGACUCCGUCAGAGACGACGACACUCUGCGUUGCGAAACGUACACUGUGGCGAAUGACUCCGAGCAUAAUCUCAGAAUGCGUUUUGUAAACGGACUUUCCAGGAAGCUGAUGGGCGCGCAGCAAGUCGACGAUGAUGAAAUGCAAACUGAGCGCGCGGAAGCGGCUCGCGAAGGUGCGACUGAAUCGAACAGCGACGCAGAAUCCAACUGCGAGGAGCAGGAACCGAGAGAGACGAAGAGGCCGCGGAUAAUCAAGCCGGGAAUGCCGGGUCGAGACCCGAGCGCGGAUUCCAACGCGACCGACAAGUCCGAGCCAGAGAGCCCGAAGGCCAUCAGAGGACGAAGAAAGGCGCUCUAUUCGAAUCCAAUAACGCGCAAACCGACGCCGCAAUCGUCGCCGUUGAAACAAGUGAACCCCGUCAGCGGGAUACCCAUUGGCCGCAGCAACACCUCGCCUAUCGUCAGAGCUACGAGGGCCACCACGUUGAGACAGAAUAACAACAGUUCGACGGCUACGAAAGAUUCUCCGAAAUCGAACACGAGCCCGAAGAGAACGCCGUUUUCCGUGGACGCGGAGAGGAAGACGCGAAACCUGGCGACUGUAUCGAAAAGAGCCUCCGUGCCGCAGAAAGGAUCCUCGUUGACCUUCACGAAGUCUGCUAAGCGUCACAGCACACCACCGGCCUGCUCGUCGAACUAUCAGAGCGACGUCAAACCGCCGGAAGUUGCAUUCAAGGCUUUGGAGCGUCAAGGAACCUUCACGAAAGACGAGCCGGAAGUGGACAACGCACCAACGGUGCACUCCGCGUCCUCCUCGCCGGUGAAGACAAAGAUCGCCAAGCCAAUCAGAGGCGCGUCGUCGAAGGUGCAUCCAGCGGCGGCGAAAUCCAAGAUCUCUGUAAAAGCGCAAGCCGCGUAUCAGCCAAAACUAACGAAGGCGAACAGCUCCGAAAAGAUGCAGCCGCCCAAAGGGCUGUUGAUGGCGCCGAAGAAGGUGUCGCCUGGAAAAAUAGCUCCCCCGGCGAAGGUUCUCAACGGCAGCGCACCGCAGAACGAGAAGACCGUCCGCAAAAUUAGUCCGCUCGGACAGCGGUCCAACAGCAACUCCAGCAUAGUUUCCAACACGUCGCCGAACGUGCAGAAUCGCAAGCUGACGAAGGAGGCGACGAGCAAGAUCGCGAGUCUUUGGAAGAAAGUCGAGGAGAGCAGGAACAAGCAGCGCUUCGAGAAGGACACCAGGCAGUGGAUAAGGCCGGCCAACAGCGCCACCGAGGUGGACGCUGCGCCCGCCGCCGCUGCGUACAGCAACCCACCGGCGUACAGACUGUUUCGCAGUUCCACGUUCGAGGGAAUCUCCCAGGAGGACAGCGACGACGACGAGACAAUCGCCUGCAGAGUCACGUCCAAACUACCCAUCCUGGGCGCACCAGUCGCGGCACCUGGCGGCCCCAAGUACAGAAACUCCUGCGAUCUGACGGGCGUGAGCGCCCACGAGGCACCCUGUAAGAUCCCGGUGAAGUCCUGCGAGUCGUACAAGAGAGAGACGACGCAGCUGGAUGACGCCUUGGUGACCAUGAGGAAGCAACAGAGCGCCGAAUUCGCGGCGGAGACGGACCCGACCAAGAGGAUAUCCAGGCUCGGCUCUUUCAUCCGGAUGGAUCCAGCGGCGGCGGCGGCGGCAGCAGCAGCAGCAGCAGCGGCGGCGGCGGCAGCGGCAGCGGAGAACGGCGUGCGAACGCCGGCCUCGGCGAUCGUGCCGCCUUUUAAUUACAAUCCGAAGCCAGACAUUCCAUCGCAGGCGGCCAGAGCUAGGUCGGACGAGGGUCAGGGUAAAUUCGAGGCAGCGGAAAUAGUCACUGGAUCCGCUAGGGUGACGACAGUAUAGGAUCGUCGAUCCCCCUUCCCCAUCUACCCCCCUAAACGAAACGCAUAAAAAGCUCUGUAAUAAUCGCCUCCUCUGCGUUCCAGGCUAGUCAUUGUACAUUUGCUUGCUAUAUAGAUAUAUGUUUCGCCCACAUACAUUCGUCACAUGUGAUACGCAUUACGAUAAUUUUAUCGUAGAUAAUUCUUAUCAUUUCCCCCUUCGGUCUCGUUGUACGAUGCGCGCGUGGAAGCGCGCGCGGAAUGAUUCUUCGACAUUUUGUCCGGAAUAUAAAAUAGUCAUGUAAUUGUGGCAAUUACCCGUAAAUACCGCGAUGCCAACUUCUUCAGCAACGGCGAAAACCGUGUUAAAUAUUAUAGCGGGAGAUCGCAAAACCAUUCCUGUCCAUUUUGUCUGCUGUAUAUAUACAUAAAGAUAGAGAGUAAUUCCGAGAUUGAGAGAGAGAGAAAAAGAGAGAGAGAAAGAAAGAGAAAAAAAGAAGAGAGCCAGUCGAAAAUCCAUAGUGCGUAGCACGCGCGCGCGCCGUGACUUUGAUCGGUUAUUUAUUCAAUUUUGUAUAUAAUAUCGAAGAUGUGAGUGAAGAAUGUAGAAACGUUUUUAGUAAUACGUGUUUAAACCUAUGUACGAUGUGUAAACACACCGCGCUGGGAUGAAACGUUGCUGUGCAUCUCCGUACUUGAGAGAGAAAAAAAUCGUAGAAAGAUCGCGGCGAUCUGUAUUUUGUUUCCAUCGUAUUUUAACUAAUUCGUACCAUCUCUUAAACAGAAUCUAAUUACUUUUUGAAGACUGAUAAGGCGAUGAAGAUCUGGAAUAAGCUCGGGUAUCUUCGACGUCGAAAGUUAAUCGUAACGAGGUAGCACCGUUUGUAUCGACUGUGAAUGUAGAGCGGUCUAAAUAGUUCGCUAAAGGAAAAAAAAAAAAACAAAAAAAUGGCAUUACAAUAACGGGACAAAAAUUUUAUAAGUAUUACCUUAAGUUUCUAGUCUACGGGCAAUAUACCUUCUAUUUUCAUCACGUACUACAUGUAUCGCGAGAAUUGGCUUCGCGUUGUAAGUGGUGUCCAAAUUCGACAAUUAACCCCUUGGGAAGUGAACGUAUACCAUUAUCAAAGGGGUGUACAGAUCAAUGAGACUAUACUCAUAGAUCUGAAAUCAAAAAGCUGUGCGUUUGAUUAUUUUCCAACGUUGCUCU